AUAUUUAUUUUCCGCCUUACAGAUUGGCGAUGGUUGCUGUAGAUGAGGCCUGUGUGGCAUGGUGGGUCGUGGGUGUGGUGGUGGUGGUGGGCGCCUAGCACCACCCACCUCGAAGGCUGUUGUCCGGCCCCCUGCCCGCCGCCCUCUGCCCUGCCCCCCCACCUACUGUCAUGGUGCAGGCCAAUGAGGAAGUGAUGUGCGACUCCCGGCCCUCUACAAGUGGCUCCGGUCCGUAUGUGCACAACAAGGUGGCACUCAACAACAGGUGGCCAGGGGGCGCACGGCCCAAGAUCUUCAACCACAGGUCCUUUAGCUCUGGCUCACGGCCAUCGGUGUUAUCACGGGCUUCAGGGUCUCUGCGGUCUGCCUCGCGCUCUGGCUCAGGUCUUGGCUCUAGGGGGUCGUUGCUCUCAGGGUCUGUGGGAACAGCAGAGGAGGUGGGCUCUGGGGUGUCUAGACUACGGAGGGAACUGCCAUCCAUCUCCGACAUUUGCGGUUACGAUGAAGUACAGGAGCUCUUGCGGGAUAUAGAGCAACUGGAGUGUCGCCGCUGGACAUCCGACUGGGACUCCUUCACUAUCCAGUCAUCCCAUCCGGAUCUCGACAUCCCUCACGACCUCGAUCUCCUAUCCCACGACUUCGAGACCCUAUCCCGCUGUGACUCCAGGCUCUCCUGGGACUCUCACGCGGGACGUCAGCCGGAGGACGAUGAUGACGAUGACGACCCCAGCCCUGGCAACUAUUCUCCCGAGCCUCAGAGAAAUCGUCGUCCAACACCCACUAUCACUAUAGCCUGGGAUGACUCCCACCUCAAGACCUCAGUCGGCAUUUUUAGACUAUUAUUAGUAGUUCUGUCGGUAAUAACAAUGACGUGCGCGUGUACGGUUGGUACUGCACGACUCAGCAUAUUCGUGCUGCCGGGAGCGUGGAGGCUGCGAGUGGUGGUGUUCACUGCAGUGUUCACCAUCCUCACCACCACCAUACUUCUCCUACUUCACCUCUCCUCCCUCGUGCACUCACUCACGCUACGCUGGGAUAAACUGGUCAGUCUCUUACCUUAUUACACUAACACAUUUUUCUCUGCACUUACGCCCACGCCCAUAUUUUCAGGCAUUUACGCCCAUGUCCAUAUCCCUACACCUACGAACACGCCUAUAUAUCCAGGCACCUACGCCCACGCCCCUAUCUCUAGGAACCUAAGCCCACGCCCAUAUCUCCAGGCAUCAACGCCGACGCCCAUAUCUUCAGGAAUCUACGCCCACAUCUCCAGGAACCUACGCCCACACUCAUAUCUCCGGGAACCUACCCCCACGCCCAUAUCUCAAGGAACCAACGCCCACGCCCAAAUCUCCAGGAACCUACACCCACGCUCGUAUCUCCAGGAACCUACACCCACGUUCGUAUCUCCAGGAACCUACACCCACGCUCAUAUCUCCAGGAACCUACACCCACGCCCAUAUCUCCAGGAACCUACACCCACCCCCAUAUCUCCAGGAACCUACACCCACGUUCGUAUCUCCAGGAACCUACACCCACGCCCGUAUCUCCAGGAACCUACACCCACGUUAAUAUCUCCAAGAACCUACACCCACGCCCAUAUCUCCAGAAACCUACACCCACGCCCGUAUCUCCAGGAACCUACACCCACGCCCGUAUCUCCAGGAACCCACACCCACGUUCGUAUCUCCAGGAACCUACACCCACGCCCGUAUCUCCAGGAACCUACGCCCACGCCCUUAUAUCCAGGAACCCACACCCACGCCCGUAUCUCCAAGAACCUAUGCCCACGUCAAUAUCUCCAAGAACCUACACCCACGCCCAUAUCUCCAGUCACCUACGCCCACUUUUAA